AAACAAUAACUCGAGGGCAACAACCGCUAGAAGACAGAGAUCGAUAUUGGACGAUGGCGAUCGAGGCGCCCUUGAGCGAGGAGGAGAUCAGGUCCAUGGUAGACCAAGGCAUAGUCGAUCCCAAGGUGGAAUCGUCCCUGCGGGCCGAGCACACGGUCGUGAGCACGACGCUGGAGCUGCACACGGACUUAUUCUUCCCCUCGCUGGCGCAUCUGGACUUGCAGGACAGCCGCGAGGGCUACGCCGUCUCGGUCCGCGACAGGAUGGCGGCGGACGGCGAGCGCCUCAGGCACGGCGCGGCCGUGUUCGAUGACGGGAGGGAUCUCACGGGCGAGGAGGCGGCGCUGGUGUCCGAGCUGCGGCGCCAGGCCGCGUGGUGCGACGCGCGGCGCGCGGAGGCUGACGCGCUGGCGGCCGACGUGCGGCGCCUGCGGGACGGGCACCUGAGGGAGAUGGCGACGACCGGGGACCCGCGGGGGGAGCUCAUCGACGCGGCGGCGUUCGAUCUGAUGGAGUUCCUGUUCGCGGAGAUCGAGGCCUUCGUGGCCCCCGAGGGCGGCUGCUUGGACGAGGUGGCCGGGGCCAGCAUCGACCUCGGCCCGCGUUUCGCGGCGACGUUCGUGGGGCUGUCGGAGAGGGCCAGGAGCUGCGCGGAGGCGUACACGGCGAGCGAGGACGCGGCGGUCGCGGAGGGGCUGCGGCGGCGCGCGGAUGAGGUGGAGGCGCUCUGCGCGGACCCGGAGGAUCUCGUGGCGCAGAUACGGGCGUCGGCUUGGUGGAGGUCUGGAGCUGGCGGCAGAGGUGCAACGUGGUGAUCCCUCUAGGAUCAAAGCGUAUCUUGAAGGUCACAAAGUUGCAGAUCUAGCUGGCGGAUGAUGCACGUCUAGCGUGAAUUAGUUUUUUUUUCCGGCAAAAUAGCAUGAAUUAUUGUGUUAAGUGAAAAAUAGUACUGUACUCCAUAUUAGCGUGAAUUAGAUUUUUUAUUCGCAAAAAAAAACUCGCAGUAACUCUUAUGCAGUUUCUACAGAAUUAUCAUCAUCAUCAUCAUCAUUAUUAUCAUCUUGUAUGAGUUGUUUAAAUGUGUUUGUGUUAUUAUGUUCCUAAAUUUAGUGUUGAAAAACAAUAUAUUAUGUUAAAAUAUAGAUCGAUCAAGCCAACUGUUGUCAAAAGAUCGUGAUGUAUAUAUGAACAUAUUGAAUGGACGCAAAUAUAUUCAUUUCCUAGCAACAACAGAAACAGUCUCAACCUAAUGAAAAAAAGCACAAAAUUAGAUCUCCAUGAGUACUAUUGCGGUUACAUAAAAUUGAUUAUCAUAACUGAACAAUUGGACUAACUUUGACUUCUCAACUUUGAAUAGACAUUAAGCCCUUUAACUUCAAACUCCAAUUUUGGAAAGUAGUGUUGAGUGUAUGAAUUUUCAAACAGCAAGAUGAAUUUUAUGGAUGUAGGUUUCGCAAUGAGGUGAUGACACAAGUUACUUCGAACUUUUGGGUAGUCGUUCAUGCAAAAAUAACAAAUAUAUCCAUCUUUUAGUUUCUUAAAGCAUAAGGUGUUUGCUUGGUUAACUCUUCCCGACCGAUGUUGGACGGGUGAACGUCGGUUGCGCAAGGGGCUUAGCGACAAGGCUACUUGUCUGCCCUGCGAUCAAGAGCUUGAAACCAUUGACCAUCUUUUGUUGCAGUGCCCCUUUUCCAGAUCCCUUUGGUUUGAGGUUUUAUCCAUCUUUAGUUGCGGACCUUGGACGCCGUCGGCCUCAUAUUCGCUCAAGGUUUGGUGGUCCGGAUUUCUCUCUUCUCUCCAUGGCGCAGCUCGUAAGAAGGCGAGCUCUAUCAUCCUUUUGCUGCUGUGGGAGAUUUGGCUUGAGCGUAACUCUCUAUUUUUUCGUUACUUCGAUAGGCCGGUUCAUAUUUUGCUUGAUGCUAUUUGUCUUGAGCUAAGUAGGUGGAAAAAGGUGGGCCUGUUGAGAGAGUAGGUUUUUGCUAGGGUGUUCUUGUUGUGGUGGAGUGGUGUUGUAUUGAUACUAUUGUGGUCGGCAGUUUUCCCGUCCUUCCUUUAAUGAAAAAAUAAAAAUAGGCGUGCAAUCUCGCACGGUUGCUGAAAAAAAGAAAUUGUCAUAUUUGGGAUGGGUUUAUCAUUUUUAUAUCAUUCCAUGAAUUGAUGUAAUUUUUUCAAGUUUUUUGUCUCUAGAUUUUCUAGGUGCAAAAUCAGGAAUCUGGGGCAAAGUGUAGAAGGUGGUUUUGACUCUCAAGGUUGCUAAAUAAAACAAUUCAUUGAUGUAGAUAAUGCAAUAAAAAAAUUCAACCAAAAAGAAAUUCAUCAAAUAAUUAUGCAUUUAUGUUCCAUAUAAAAAGACAACGAUAAAUGGAUUUAGACAUUUUUGUAUACCCUUGAAAUGUAACCUUUUCUUUGUAAAAGCUCGAAUCGCAACAAAUAUUGUGUUGAUAGUUUAGGACGCAUAUAUAGUAGAGUAAAAAAAAGGACAAUAUCUACAAUAUUUG